GUUAUUAUAUCUGAAAGUAUAUUCUAUUCACUGUUCCUGACGAUUCACUCUACUCUGACUGCUAAAUUCUUCUUACAUCAUGGCUAGUACCGAUACGCUUAAGCGCUUCCAAGUGCUCAGUUACGAGCAAGUCCAACGCCUUGACGGUGUGCUGCAAGAUACUGUCCCCGUACACGGAAGGGGAAACUUCCCCACUCUGGAAGUUAACUUGAAAGAUCUGGUUAACAUUGUUCGAAAAAACCUGAAAGAGGAAGGAGUGGAAGUGAGGGAUGUUCGACUGAAUGGAGGAGCUGCAAGUUACAUACUCAGCACCGAGCAUCAGACGUAUAACGACCUCGAUUUAAUCUUUGGUGUCGACUUGACGGAGGAGACUUUCUCAAAGGUGAAAAACGCCGUAUUGGACUCCCUGCUGAACUUCUUACCCGAAGGAGUGAGUAAAGAUAGAAUGGCUCACUGCACUUUGAAAGAGGCGUACGUACAGAAAAUGGUUAAGGUGUGCAACGAUAACGAUCGAUGGAGUCUAAUAUCACUGACAAACAACAGAGGUAAGAACGUAGAGUUAAAAUUCGUGGACUCGAUGAGGCGGCAAUUCGAAUUUAGCGUCGACUCGUUUCAGAUUGUGCUCGAUAAGCUCCUCCUGUUUUAUGAAUAUUCUGAAGUAUCAAUGAACUCGAAUUUUUAUCCUACCGUCAUCGGAGAGAGCGUGUUCGGUGAUUUUAACGAAGCACUGCAUCAUCUGCGCAACAAGUUGAUUGCGACCCGUAAUCCAGAGGAGAUUCGCGGAGGCGGUCUGUUGAAGUACUGCAACCUGCUUGUCCGCGAUUACCAUCCGUCAAGUCACGAUAGAAUCAAAUCGCUUGAACGUUAUAUGUGUUCGAGAUUUUUCAUUGAUUUUAGUGACCUGCAGCAACAGCAACAAAAGUUGGAAAGUUACCUCGCCAACCAUUUUAUCGGCGAAGAGACGAGCAAGUACAAUUAUCUGAUGACCCUGCGCGGCGUGGUGGACGAAAGUACAGUGUGUUUGAUGGGUCAUGAACGACGACAAACUCUGAAGUUGAUCACUCACUUGGCGGAACAAACUCAAUGCAACAACAACUUUGCGUACAAUUCGUAUACUCCUCAGAUCAUUCACCCAAAUUAUUAUACAUAUCAGCAAAUGCUCCAUCAUAAUCAGUAUCACAACCCUCAUCACAAUGGACAAAUUUACUACCAACAGAAUGUGAACUCGUACUACGUACCGCCUUACCCUAGUGCGAACUGGCUUCCAUGCGCUUAGUGUUCACUGGCAUGACGUCACAAUUUCGCUGAUAUUUACGAUGUUUUCUCCGCCGUCGACAUCGCGCCUGGUUGCUCCGGCUUACGGUUUAUAUAAUUCGCCGAUCAAGAGAAUAAUUGUUGGAUAUAUUGUACGCGAUGUUUAUUCAAACAGUAUGUGUGUGCGCGGAUUCCUGCGAACAUUGUUUCUUUUAUUGUCCAAGCCGUGUUACGUCAAUCAUGGUAAAAUGGUUGUUGGUAAGGAUACCUAGUCUGAAGGACUUCGUACCCACUGACGAUUGGAUUCAGUCGUUGCAUCACGGACACUCGUACACAUUUCGGAUUUAAACUUUAACCCGCCAGAAACGCGGACUGUUUGAAAUCAUAUCUGUUUUUUUUUAUGAUUAAACGUUGUGCCACAACCAAGUCUGUCAUGACAGUCGCUUUUACAUAUUUACCAUUUACUUCCUGAUUCCUACAGACAUGGUGUCACCACCUGCUUUUAUUUACAUAUGUGCCAUGGAUGAUUUAAAAACAGAAUUUUAUUUUAUCUAAUUGUACUGUGAUGAUUUAGAAACUUUCACAUGUAGGAAAAUUGACAACUAAGUUUAAAUGUUACAAUUUAAUUUUUUUUUUUAUUUUUAUUUUGUUCACACACAUUUAAUUCAUGAAGUAUAACAAUGUUGCCAAUCAUGUCUUAAUUAUACAUUAUUGGUACAAAAGUUGCCUAAUGUUAAUGUGUAAAUCAAUUUCAACAGUUAAUUUGUUAAGAUUUUGUUAGCACUUUAGUAAUGCUUAAAAAAGAAACGAAAAAAAUCAAUACCAAAGAUGGGAUACAAAACUCAAUGAGGCACUGUGUAUGUAAAAAUAUUUGCAAAUACAUUUCAAGAUAUUGUCUAGGUUAAUUUGGUGUUGGUUUUGUACAGAACAAAAUGACCUACUUUAUUUUCCAGACAAUUUGUAUUAAUUGCACAUGUUUAACAAAUGUUUGUUGACCUCGUAUAUCGAGAUGUGCAUAAUUCACAUAUUUUCAAACUCGCUUAUGUUCUCUAAUAGAAAUAUUAUUUUCUACAUCAGACAUAUAAACGUAUUUGGUCAGAAAUUUGAUUAACUGUUGGGUUACUUUAUUUUACUUGGAAUUUAAAUUUUCAGAUUCAAAAUUAAUAUUCUCAUGUAACAGUAAUUUAUUUUUCACCUGUGUUGUAAAUUGCAAGCAAAUCCAUGAAAAGAGGGAA